GUCUGCAGGGAAAGAGCCAUUUGUCGGCCGCGAACAUCCCCUCGGCUGCGGAGUAUCGGCUGUGCCUGGGUGUGAAAGACGGAGGAGAAGUUGCAGCUCGGUCGAUAGCCAAGGGAGCACACCCGGACCUCCCGGCCCCCGGCCCGGCCCUGCGGAGCAGCUAAGGAGGGGACGUUUGCAUCGCUGCGAGGGCCCGUGGAGAGCUCAACUGCAUCCGCAGGGACACAGCGGAGGGAGUUUGGGGAAGACGAAGCCGCCAGUGCCCCAGCGUGGGUGGGAGGGGAUGAGUGGCACCACGGGGACCCCCUCCCCGCGGGUGGUGCUGGGGCUCGCCGCGGUGCUGGUGGGGCUCUCGGCUCCCCGAGCAGCGUAUGGGCAGCCCAACUUCAUCGUCAUCCUGGCAGAUGAUGUGGGCUGGGGGGAUCUUGGGGCCAACUGGGCAGAGACGAAGGAGACCCCGCAUUUGGAUGAGUUGGCGGCCCAAGGGAUGAGGUUCGUGGAUUUCCACUCGGCUGCAUCCACUUGCUCCCCAUCCCGCGCCUCUCUGCUCACGGGGCGCCUUGGCGCACGCAACGGGGUGACCCACAACUUCGCCAUCACGUCGGUUGGUGGCCUCCCCCUGAAUGAGACCACCCUGGCCGAGGUCCUGCAGGAGGCUGGGUACAGCACGGGGGCUAUAGGCAAGUGGCACCUGGGACACCACGGCCGCCAUCACCCCAGCUUCCGCGGCUUCGACUACUACUUCGGGAUCCCCUACAGCCACGACAUGGGCUGCACAGACACCCCUGGCUACAACUUGCCCCCCUGCCCGCCCUGCCCACGGCACGGCGCGGCUGCCAGGGUGGCGAGGAAGGACUGUUACAUGGAGGUGGCCCUUCCUCUCUUCGAGAACGUCACCAUCGUCCAACAGCCCGUCAACCUCAGCAGCCUGGCAGCGCGCUACGCAGAGGAGGCGACGCGCUUCAUUCAGCGGGCAAGCGACAGCAGACGCCCCUUCUUCCUCUACCUGGCGCUGGCCCAUAUGCACGUCCCGCUGGGGGUCCCCCCACCACCGCCCCCCGCCUCGGGCAGGGGCAUCUACGGAGCUGCCCUGAGCGAGAUGGAUGCCCUGGUGGGACGGAUAAAGCGGGUCGCCGACAGCCAUGGAAAGGGCAACACACUCCUGUGGUUUGCAGGCGACAAUGGCCCCUGGGCGCAGAAGUGCGAGCUGGCGGGACGCCUGGGGCCGUUCGUGGGGGCCUGGCAGAGGCAGCGAGGUGGGAGCUCGGCGAAGCAAACAACCUGGGAAGGAGGGCACCGGGUGCCGGCGCUGGCGUACUGGCCUGGCCGCAUCCCUGCCAAGCGGACAAGCCGCGCUCUGCUAAGCACCUUGGACAUCUUCCCUACGCUGGUGGCCCUGGCUGGGGCGGCGCUUCCCCCAAACAGGCGCUUCGACGGCUUGGAUGUGUCCCCGGUUCUCUUUGGGUGGUCGGAUGUGGGGCACAAGGUUCUGCUCCACCCCAACAGUGGGGCAGCUGGGAAGGACGGCGAGAUAGAGACGCUACGGCUGGCUCAGUACAAGGCAUUUUACACCACAGGAGGGGCGAUGGCUUGCGAUGGGAGCAUUGGGCCAGCUGAGCAUCACCAGCCACCCCUCAUUUUCAAUCUGGAUCGUGAUAUCCAGGAGCAGGAGCCUUUGGAUGUGGUAUCCAAAGAGUAUCAGGCAGUGCUACCUGCAAUCAGCAGGGCUUACGCCCAGGCUCUGGAGGACAUCGCAACAGACAACGUCUCGGUUGCAGAUUACUCCAAAGACCCGGCCGCGACCCCCUGCUGCAACGCGCAGCACGUGGCCUGCCGAUGCCAAGCGCCCGGGUCUCAGGCAGCCAUGCUGGACCAUCGCACGGAAAGAAGAGCAACGCGGCUUUGUCUUUAAGCGAAUAAUUGCUCAGGCUGCUCCUUUCCUGAGUCUGAUGUCUGUGAACGGGACUGUUGUGCAUGCUGGCUCCAGGCUGGAGGCUGGCCACGGAGGAGAGGGAUGGAGGCUGCGGUCCCCUUUGCUCCGUGCUAUGAAGCAGGGAGGUGAGUUAGUUGUGGGUCUGCGUGAGCACACGGAGGGUCCCCUUUGCUGCAGAGCAGGACUGUCCCCCCGGCGGGACUGUCACCUGCGGCUGGAGGAGCAGGGCACUGCAGUACCUGGUGCCUCUGGGCACAUAGAAGGAGACAGGCUUUUUGUAGGGCUCUUUAGCUGAGAAAGAGCCAGGUCUUGGAUUAAAACUACCUUCUGUGAGAGCUGGC